UCUUAUUGACACCUCUUGGGCAGGUCAAGUCUAGACGGGGAGGCAACAGGGUCAGCGCCGCUUUGUUCCCCGCACCCUACAGCAGCAAUCGCAGCAUGGCUCCGGUUGUGCAACUACUUUGCGUUACACUCGUGUGCGUGGCUUAUUCGGCCUGCGACGGUCCGUCCCAACCCGCCGGUUUCCGCUCCUCCGCUCGCUCGGCGUGUAAACCCAUACCCAGCACGCUGUCUCUGUGCCACGGCGUAGGCUACCGGCAGAUGCGGAUCCCCAACCUGCUGGGCCACGACUCGCUGAGGGAGGCCCAGCAGCAGUCGGCGGCCUGGCUGCCGCUGGUCUCCAAGCUUUGCCACCCCGACACGAAGAAGUUCCUGUGCUCGCUGUUCGCGCCGGUGUGCCUGCCGGAGCUGCCCGAGGCGGUGCGGCCGUGCCGGUCCCUGUGCGAGGCGGUGCGGGCCGGCUGCCUGCCCGUCAUGAGCGCCUUCGGCUUCCCGUGGCCCGACAUGUUCAACUGCACACGGUUCCCGCGCUCCACGCACCUCUGCGUCCCGCCGAGCGGAGAGCCCGACGGGGAGGAGGAGGAGGAGGAGGAGGUCCGACAGCAGGAGGCGGCGAGAGGGAGUGUUAUCUGUGAUGCCUGCAGUCUGGCGGCUGAAGGAGAGGCUGACAUCCAGGACAACUUCUGUCGCAGCCCAUACGCCUUUAAGCUGCGCCUGGGUAGCAUGUCUAUGGUUGGAGCAGACCGUCAGCUUGUUCCCCACGGCCGGAGUCGCAUCCUGAGGUGGGCCGGUGGCGGGGCAGAGAAGGCUGAGGGGGUCGGCGGGGCGAUGGCGCACAGUGCUCUGUGGCUGCCAGAGGGGGGCACCUGCACAUGCCCCGGCCUGGACCCUACAGGGCUGGAAGGAAAACUGGAGGCGGAGAAAGAAGAAGUCCCGUGGAGAGAAGGAGAGAGGUCUGAGGGAUCAAGAGGAAAAGGCAAGGACGGGAGGGGGAUGCCAGGAGGUUGGUACCUGGGCUUGGCUCAGGCUGAGGAGGGGAGGCUGGUGCUGACCCGGCUGGUGAGAUGGAACAAGGAAGACAGAGAGCUGAAGAAGUUCAUCAGGGCUCUCCUGAAACAACCCUGCUCAGAGCCAUAGAUAGAGUUAACCUUUUGUUGUUUUCGGUGGCGUCCAUGUUUUGUUGUUGUUUUUGUUUUGUUUUUUUAAGCCAUGCUGUUGGUAGGCUUGGCAUACAGCACAGGGAAUUUGCAUGCCAAUGUGUCCUAGACAGAGUUAAUCUACAAAUGCAUUUCAGCUUCUCUACUUGCAAAGGCAAUCUUAAUUAAUUAUCAAGAACUGGUUACAAUAGCUCCACCCUUUGGGUGAUCUAUGGGAUGACAAGAGCACAGGGUUUUUGUCAUACUACAUUUAUAGCCCUCAGCGGUCCCCCUCUUCCACAUGUUUGAUCAGCUAAACAAUCAAUCAGCAUCGCUUCUUCAAGAGGGGGACAAUUGACAAUUGAUACAGUGAAACUCAGAAACGAAAAAUGACAAGAUGUAUCUGAUGAGACAGACAUGGAAACAGAUGCUGACGUAUUAGACAAAACAUAAUUAGUGACAUCCAUGUUAGUCUGCCACUGCUGUUCUAUGGUUGUUACCAGGCAACUUGUGCUUGUUUGUAAUUUGUAGCUCCACCCCUCUGC